CUCCGAAGCGGAGUCUCAUGAGCCACAGGAAUCCACCGCUUCGAUCACCUUUGCCAGCCCUAAUGCUGGGCUCUGCUUGCACGCUCUGGCUCCUCGAAUUGCUGCACGGUUGAAGUCGUUCUCUGGGUUCAAUUUUGUGGAGAAUAGUGCCAGUGUCGGUGCCAUUUUUUGCGCCUCUGAGUUGGUAGACGGCGUGCUUUUGUCUCCGUCGGUUUCAUUGCUUGGUGUCUGCGCAGGAUAAGGCGAGGUUUGGUGGGGGUUUUGGAUUGCAGCGGACCUUGAGGGGAAGCAAAGAUGGCGUGCUUGAUAGCUGGUGCUGGAAUGACAGCGGUCUUUUCAUCAUCGCAACUCAGCAGCCGUUACUCGCUCUCUUCGCAGUUUAGUGGGUUCUCUGGGACGUGUACUUCUGUUCCUGUCGUUUCAAAGGGUCACGGAAUUCGCGCAGCAGGAGAGCCAUCUGAGAAGUCUCUCGAUGCCAUGCGCAAAUUUUCGGAGCAGUAUGCUAGGAAAUCAGACACUUACUUCUGCGUGGACAAGGGUGUUACUGCCGUUGUUAUUAAGGGAUUGGCAGAGCAUAAGGACACCUUAGGCGCUCCUCUUUGUCCAUGCAGGCACUACGAUGAUAAGGAGGCUGAAGUUAAACAAGGGUUUUGGAACUGUCCUUGUGUUCCUAUGCGUGAGAGGAAGGAGUGCCAUUGCAUGUUGUUCUUGACCAAAGACAACGACUUUGCGGGAGAUGAGCAGGAAAUCACGGCGGAAGAAAUUGCUGAGUUGACUAAAGGGUUUUAAGGCUGUGUGCUGGAUGAGGCAUUUGUACUAUGUUUUAUUUUUCUGUAUGAACUUCUUGUGGCACUGUAGGCAGACCUCAUCUAUAGAUGCCUUGGUGUAUCAGAAGAAGGUGAUGGCUGUAUCUUCAAUGACGUAGCAUCAGCUUCUGAAUUGAUGCAUUCAGAGUGUAAAUUUUGAACUGGAUUGUAGCAUAUAACAUUGUCUUAGCCCCUGAGAGAGCCGCACAUGUUUUCUUGCCCAAGGACAGCUCCUCCCAUUUUAUAAUGCAGUCUCUUGUCUGCAAUUUUAUA